AUGUUUGCUCAUUUGCAGUGUCAGACGGUCUGGAGCUGCCCUGGAUUCAUUAUUAAAACACAAGAGCACACAACUGAACCCAACAAUCUUCAAGCCAAGAACUCUUUCCUUUACAAUGGCCUGAUCCGUCACAAGAUACCGCCAGCCGCUGUGGGGAAAGGGUUCAUCGUGGUUGUCAAAAAAUGUACGUGUCAGCGUAAAACAGCCACAUCCUACUAAAAGACCAACGAAAAAGAAACUAGCAUUGUGCUGCACAGCCUUUGCCACAUCAUCCUCAUGCACUACCCAAAAUGCUUCCACAUGACUGCUCCCUCUUGUGCCAAUGCCAUUCUGAGGAGCCAGAAACCACUUGCAGUAAAGAAGAAGCCUGGCAGGGCUUCCAUAGAUUUCAAGGCCAGGAGGGGCUCUUCUGAUCAUCUAGUGUGA